GUAUAUUCAAAGUGUGAGUGGAAACUGAUAGUUUUGACGAAUAAGCAAGGAUGGCGCAACAAAUGAAUCAAGAGAAAGGAAAGACAUCUGUUGUAAACAUCAGAAAGUUCAGUCUGAAGAAAAUGGGGUACAAAGACUUGGAGGAUUGGCUGAGGAAUCCUGAUCACGUGUACAUAGGGAGGGACAUGACACAUUACGUGCCCGGGGCAAAGGGCAGCAAAUGGGGGAACCCCCUUAAAUCAAAGCAGUGUGGGAGAGAAGAAAGUGUUCGUAAAUACAAAGAGUACAUAGAAACUGACAGGGAAAUUCGUGACAACGGCAGAACGCUGUACGAUUCGCUGGAGGAACUGAGGGGCAAAACUCUGGGGUGCUGGUGUUACCCGGAACGAUGUCACGGCAACGCUCUAAUGGAAUUAUUGGAGGAGACGUCCAAGUGACAUUUUAUACAUUUGUCCAUGUUGAAUGGAAUGAAGAG